AAAUAAAAUAAUUAAUUAAAUUAAUUAAUAACAAACGUCUUCUUCCUUUUAUUCCACUGUUUUGAGUCCAGACACAUCACUUCUUCCUUUUUUCUCUCUCUAAAUCAACUCAUCUUCUUCUUCCUCUUCCUUUUAGUCUCAGCAACGAAUGCCUAGGGUUUCACCCGUCUCCUCCGUCGUCGUCCACUGAUCACAACUCUUCCUUGCCAAUCAAUGUAUUUUCGCCGGUGGUGGUUUACUCAACCUCCUAAUUUGAGAUGAGAGUUUCUGUUUUUCUUCUUUUGUACUUUGUCUUUUAGCCACCGCUUCAAUUCCAUUUUAACUUCAUCUCAGCUCAGAGGUUUCAAGGUUUCAACUAUUAUUGAUUGCUUUCUGCUCGAUUUAGAUCCAGGACUAUUUAUUUGCUUCUUCAACAUUAAGAUGACAACUCCUUUGUGAAAGAUAGAUAGAUAGAUUGAUACAAGGUGGUUUCUUACGUCAUUGGAUCCUUAUAUAACCAUAUUUCAAAGGGUAUCUUCAAAAAUACAGAUUUUGGAUUUGCAAGGUGUGAGAGGGUUGGUUGGUUGGUGGUUGGUGGUUGUGCCUCGAAAAAGUAAAGUGACACUCUUCUGGGUUCAAUCAUUUUAUAUCAAGAAGUCGACUCUUUCACAUAGCUUCGGCUUCAUUUGAUCAAAAGUAAAGUAGAUUAAGAGUUGUUAAGGUGACGAAAAUGGCGAUGGUUGUGCAACAUCAGUACAGAGAGAAUAGCAUCGAUAAACAUCUCGACGCUGGGAAAUAUGUUCGUUAUACUUCUGAGCAAGUGGAAGCUCUUGAACGGGUAUAUGCAGAGUGUCCAAAACCUAGCUCUUUACGCAGGCAACAGCUGAUCCGGGAGUGUCCCAUUUUAGCAAAUAUCGAGCCCAAGCAGAUCAAAGUCUGGUUUCAGAACCGUAGGUGUCGCGAGAAGCAACGCAAGGAGGCUUCACGGCUUCAGUCUGUCAACAGGAAGUUGAAUGCGAUGAAUAAGUUAUUGAUGGAGGAAAAUGAUCGGUUGCAAAAACAGGUCUCUCACUUGGUAUGCGAGAAUGGAUUCAUGAAGCAUCAACUGCAAAGUGCAUCUGCAGCAACUACUGAUGGAAGCUGUGAAUCUGCAGUUACCACUCCUCAACAUUCCUUAAGAGAUGCUAAUAACCCUGCUGGACUCCUGUCAAUUGCAGAGGAAACAUUGGCAGAGUUCCUUUCUAAGGCUACAGGAACUGCUGUUGAUUGGGUCCAGAUGCCUGGGAUGAAGCCUGGUCCGGAUUCGGUUGGGAUCUUUGCUAUUUCACAGAGUUGCAGUGGUGUGGCUGCUAGAGCCUGUGGCUUAGUUAGUUUAGACCCCACGAAGAUAGUUGAAAUACUCAAAGAUCGCCCAGCUUGGUUCCGCGACUGUCGGAGCCUUGAAGUUUUCACGAUGUUUCCCGCUGGGAAUGGUGGCACAAUAGAACUUGUCUACACUCAGACAUAUGCGCCAACUACACUAGCCCCUGCACGGGAUUUUUGGACUCUAAGAUACACCACAAGUUUAGACAAUGGCAGUCUUGUGGUUUGUGAGAGAUCCUUGUCGGGUUCUGGUUCCGGACCACAUCCAGCUGCUGUCUCACAAUUUUCUAGAGCAGAAAUGCUUCCAAGUGGCUAUUUGAUUCGGCCGUGUGAGGGUGGAGGUUCAAUUAUCCAUAUAGUGGAUCAUGUUAACCUUGAGGCUUGGAGCGUGCCAGAGGUGUUGCGGCCUCUUUAUCAAUCAUCAAAAGUAGUUGCCCAAAAAAUGACUAUUGCGGCUCUACGUUAUAUUAGGCAAAUAGCUCAAGAGACAAGUGGUGAGGUGGUUUAUGGUCUUGGAAGGCAACCAGCUGUUCUGCGAACAUUUAGCCAGAGAUUGAGCAGGGGUUUCCAAGAUGCUGUCAAUGGAUUCAAUGAUGAUGGCUGGUCACUAAUGAACUGUGACGAGACUGAAGAUGUCAUAGUUUCCAUUAAUUCAACAAAAAGCUUGGGUGCUUUAUCCUCUCAUUCUAAUUCACUGCCUUUACUUGGAGGUGUACUCUGUGCUAAGGCAUCUAUGCUACUGCGAAAUGUUCCACCUGCAGUGCUGGUUCGUUUCCUUAGGGAGCAUCGUUCAGAAUGGGCUGACUUCAACAUUGAUGCUUAUUCUGCUGCUGCGUUGAAAACUAGCCCAUACACGUACCCAGGCAUGAGGCCAACAAAAUUUACUGGAGGUCAAAUCAUCAUGCCACUAGGUCAUACAAUUGAACAUCAAGAGAUGCUUGAAGUUGUUAGACUCGAAGGUCAUCCAUUGGCUCAAGAAGACCCUUUCAUGUCAAGGGACAUUCAUUUACUCCAGAUAUGUAGUGGAAUUGAUGAGAAUGCUGUGGGAGCAUGCUCUGAACUGGUGUUUGCUCCAAUUGAUGAAAUGUUUGCAGAUGAUUCCCCGCUUCUGCCAUCUGGCUUUCGAAUCAUACCAUUGGAGGCAAAACCAGAUGUAUUGACAACAAACCAGACCUUGGAUCUAACAUCCAGUCUUGAAGUAGGCCCAGCAAAUGGUCAUUCGUCUACAGACGCGUCAUCAAGCCAAAACAUGAGAUCAGUUUUGACCAUAGCCUUUCAGUUCCCAUUCGAGACCAACAUGGAGGACAACAUUGCUGCAAUGGCUAGGCAGUAUGUCCGCAGUGUAAUCUCCUCGGUCCAGAGAGUUGCCAUGGCUAUAUCUCCUUCUGGGUUGAGUCCCACAGUAGGACCAAAGCUAUCUGCAAGCUCUCCAGAAGCUUUAACACUAUCUCAGUGGAUCUGCCAGAGUUAUAGUUACCAUAUAGGAAACCAGUUGCUGAGCUCUGAUCAUGGCAGUGGGGAUGCAAUGUUAAAGCAACUGUGGCAACAUCAGGAUGCCAUACUGUGCUGCUCAACAAAGUCGCUUCCAGUAUUCAUAUUUGCAAACCAGGCGGGGCUCGACAUGUUAGAGACAACUUUGGUGGCAUUACAAGACAUAACAUUGGACAAGAUAUUUGACGAAUCUGGACGAAAAACAUUAUUCUCAGAGUUGUCAAAAAUAAUGCAGCAGGGUUUUACAUAUUUACCGGGUGGAAUUUGCAUGUCGGCGAUGGGGCGCCACAUUUCAUACGAACAGGCCAUCGCAUGGAAGGUCCUUGCCGGUGAAGAAAAUGCUGUCCACUGCCUCGCUUUCUCGUUUGUUAACUGGUCAUUUGUGUGAGUUGGUUGAGUAAAGAAGCAAUUUAGUGAUUUUGUAGUAAGUUUAUAAAUUAUAUUAUAUUAGUGGAUGUGUGCGUUACAUUCCUCUAAUUUAUUUCAUCUUUACUGCUGAAUGAUGUAGUAGGAGUUCAACACUUUAUAUAUAUAAUUUUUUUGUC